AAAGACGUUUCCCGCCGGCGGGAGCUGUGUCUGUGGUUGAGAAAGGGGCUAGAGGCGGGUCCCAGCGCUGCCGCACCAUGGCGGACCAGCUUUAUCUGGAAAAUAUAGACGAGUUCGUCACGGACCAAAACAAGAUCGUGAGCAGCUACUACUGGGGAACGCGGGCGUGCGACUGGGGUCCUGGGCCCUGCUGGGGCGGCGGGAGCCUUGACCCUCUCUCUGCGGUGGCUUCGUGGGGAGCAGGGGGAGACAGGUCCCCACGAGGGGACCUGGGCGAGCUCUGUGCCCCAGGGCGAGCGAGGACUCGUCGGGAAGGUCCUCCGGCACACACGGAAGUCCGCGUCCCUUGGGUGGGCGUGCUCUGAACAGAGCCUGGGGCUGGAGCCGCGGAGACCGGGCGCGGAGGGAGGGCCGUUGGCUGAGUAUUUCUAAGGCGUCCCUACACCUAUCUUUUAAGGUGACAUACAAAUGGCUGAGCUAUACCCUAGGGGUUCAUGUUAACCAGGCCAAACAGAUGCUGUAUGAUUAUGUUGAAAGGAAACGAAAAGAAAAUUCAGGAGCCCAACUGCAUGUUACCUAUUUGGUGUCUGGCAGUCUCAUUCAGAAUGGACAUUCCUGCCACAAGGUUGCAGUAGUGAGAGAAGAUAAAUUGGAAGCAGUGAAGUCCAAGCUAGCUGUGACUGCCAGCAUCCAUGUGUACAGCAUCCAGAAAGCCAUGCUAAAGGACAGUGGGCCUCUGUUCAAUACUGACUAUGACAUCCUUAAAAGCAACUUGCAGAACUGCAGCAAAUUUAGUGCUAUACAAUGUGCAGCUGCAGUCCCUAGAUCUCCUGCUGAAUCCUCUUCAUCUUCCAAAAAGUUUGAGCAGUCACAUCUUCACAUGUCAAGUGAGACACAAGCCAACAAUGAGCUGACCACCAAUGGUCAUGGCCCACCUGCAUCCAAGCAGGUUUCCCAGCAGCCCAAAGGAAUUAUGGGAAUGUUUGCCUCCAAAGCUGCUGCUAAAACCCAAGAAACCAACAAGGAAGCUAAAAUAGAGGCUAAGGAAGUAACAAAUGCAUCUUCAGCAGGCAACAAGGCACCAGGGAAAGGGAAUAUGAUGAGCAACUUUUUUGGAAAAGCUGCUAUGAAUAAACUUAAAGUCAAUUUGGACUCAGAACAAGCAGUGAAAGAAGAAAAAAUAGUGGAGCAGCCUACAGUAUCUGUCACUGAACCAAAGCUGGCAACUCCUGCAGGCCUGAAAAAAUCCAGCAAAAAAGCAGAGCCUGUUAAGUUGCUGCAGAAGGAAAAAAAAAGGGGGAAGCGAGUAGCGUUAUCUGAUGAUGAGACAAAGGAAACUGAAAACAUGAAGAAAAAAAGGAGAAGAAUCAAACUUCCUGAAUCUGAUAGCAGUGAAGAUGAAGUCUUCCCAGACUCUCCUGGGGCUUAUGAAGCUGAGUCACCAUCCCCACCUCCUCCUCCGUCUCCACCUCUUGAACCAGUGCCAAAGACUGAGCCUGAACCUCCUUCUGUCAAGAGCUCAAGUGGAGAAAACAAAAGAAAACGAAAACGCGUACUAAAAUCUAAAACUUACGUGGAUGAGGAAGGCUGCAUAGUGACUGAAAAAGUCUACGAGAGUGAAUCCUGCACAGAUAGUGAAGAGGAGCUUAAGAUGAAGACAUCCUCAGUACACAGACCCCCUGCCAUGACUGUGAAAAAAGAACCCAAAGAGGAACGAAAGGGCCCCAAGAAAGGGACUGCUGCUCUGGGCAAAGCCAACAGACAGGUGUCCAUUACUGGCUUCUUCCAGAGGAAAUAAACUGCCAUCUCUGGUAGAUCAGAGACUUGAAGUGGUCAAGGGAGAAGACCAAGAAAUGUGCUCCUCACUUACUAUGUAAGUUCAUCUAGAUCUCCACCUCACUUGUAUCAAAAGACUGUUCUUUCAUCCUGUGAGGUUUAUACUAUUUCUGGUUUUUAACCAAAAGGAAAUCAUCUGGAAGCAGGAGGCAAAAAGCUGUUACCUUCUAAUGACAUUUAAAAAGCACAAUCUUUGACCUGUCCAGGAGAAGGAUUUACUCCAAAAUUAUACUGGAACAGUUUUCAGAAUUCUCACUGAAGCCGUUUAGUGUUCCCCACUCGCCCUAUGCCCUGGUCCGCAUAUGGCACAGGAAUUAUUCCUUCUUGUUCCUUUGUAUUCUGAGAAUUCAUGUGGGUGUUUCUUAUCCUUACAUGCUGCUGGAUGUGUUUACCCCUCUUGUCUUCCUCCAGUACCACACUUCUGUCCCCUAACCUCCUGAGGCUGUUCUCUGUAAGUCUUUUAAGUCUUGGUUGGACUAAAGGCUGAAGUGAAAAUCUCCCUGUAAUCCUCUUCCUCCAUUAUGCAGUAUACGGGCACCUGGCUACAGACCAGGACAUGGCUUGUGUUCUGUUCCUUACACAAAAGCUCUCUGGGACCUUCACUCGCAAUUAGUGGUUAGGGAAAAGCCUCAGGCAGAACACAAAUAGAAAUUUAAUGAUGUGUUCAACUCCACCAGAAAUUACCUCGAGUCAGCAUUGACGAUAUUGGAGGAGCUGCCGUGCUGCUGACACGGGGUGUGCUUUAUGAUGCUCUUUGUGGUUUGUUGAUCCCCCUCCCCCACUCUCAGUACCUAGAGAGUGAAACCUGUACAAUGAGAUAAAGACUAAAAAGAGAAAUCCCUUCCUAUAUACAGUGUACUGCAUUUACAUAAAAUUUCUUCUUGAGAAAACAGAAUAUUCAAAAACAGCACUUUUCCAGGAAGUUAGUGAGGAAGAUAAGGCACACAUUUAUACAUGGAUGUUGCUCCUUUGUAUUUUUAGCUCCCCUAUUUGCUUAAAAGUACAGGCUCCCCAAGAGAGGAUGGAGAGGGAGAGACUGAAUUGUUAGUAGUCUAAACAGCAAAGAAAACAUUUUUAUUAGUUACUUAUGGAAAAUCGUCUAUUACAAUGAUAACCUUCAAGCGACUUCCAUUAUGGCUAGACAGGCGGUGAGCUCAGUGGAUUGCAGUGGUGUGCUGGUGAUUUUGCACAGUGAGCUCUGCGGAAGGGGUCACGCUCAGCUGCUGAUGUGUCUCACACGUAGCAGACAAGGGGUGUCUGACCAGCUUCUUCCGCCUCAGGCUGGUGUAUGUCAUUAAGUGAUGCAAUCAGCUGUCUCCUCUUUAAGGUUGGGAUUGUGCUGACCUUGGGAUUAACAUGAGCUUCUUUAGCAACCAAGUAUGAACUUGAUUAAGACCAGAAGUGUGGGAGAUGAGUCCUGGCAUUAUGUCUAAGGCUGAAGCAGUGGCUUUGUAUAGCAAGCUGUAUAGCAAGGUUGACAUACUCCAAAACCCUUUCUUUUUAAAAUGAAAAAGGAUGGACUUAAACCAUUAGAAAAAACUUCUGGAGAGAAAUCCUUUUAAACAGUUAUUUUUGUCAUUGCCUCUGGUCAUUUGUCUAAAUAGGAAUGGAAAAUUAAAAGCAACAAUCCAAUCUUUUUUCUAAAAAUUAUGCUGGGGUCUCGACUAAAACAAUUUGAAUUGGAAAAUUCUGAUGCUGGUUGGAGUUCCAACUUUCAAGGGAUAAUACAAAUCCUAUGAUCUCUAUGCCCAAUAUGCUGCCUCAACUUGAGCUCCUGCAAGGCUUAGUAAGUAUUGAGUGGUGGGUUUUUUUUUUUCUUUUUACAUAAUACCAUGUUAACCACAUGAGUUAAAUAAAUUUGAGAAGUUUUAAGACAGUGCUUCAAACUGAGUAUCUGAUGAGUCUCUUAUUUGAUGGAUGGUAACAGUGUUGCAAUUAUUUAAACUCUGAAUGGGAAGAAGGCUGGUUUUCAGUUGAUACUGUUAAAACUGCAUACCUAUAGUCUGAGAUGAACAAGUUAUUUGCUGCUUUCAUCGUUUUUUCAGCCCUGGGGAAAUCUUAGUUUCAGCGAACCUCAUUGUUUAGUUCAUGUAUAAGAAAAUCUAGCACAUUGUAUUAGUUUGGCUUCAUCACUUGCUAGCUGUAUGACCUUGGGCAAGUUUCACAGCCUCAAGUUCUUUAUCAAAAUAAAACUAAAAUGAAUUAC